UCCCACUUGAGGAAGGAGAAACGCAGCAGAUCCCAUUGCAGCCCAGGGAGGCCAGGCCCAGGCAGAGGGACAGGAAACUGUGACGUGUGUUCUUGGGCAGGGUCUGAGGUUUUGGAACCUUUUUCUAAAAGGGACAGAGAGAGCACCCUGCUGCAUUUGCUAAUCGAGAGGCUGGCGUGCUGGGCUGAGCUGGUCAGGAUGCGGCAGGUCCUCGUGGGCAGCAGGCUUGUCCUGGCUCUCGCCUUCAUCCUGGUUUGGGGAUCUUCAGUUCAAGGUUACCCUGCUCGGCGAGCCAGGUACCAGUGGGUACGCUGCAAGCCUGAUGGCGUCUCUGCCAACUGCAUCGAGGAGAAGGGACCGGUCUUCGACCUAAUGGCUGAUGAAUCCAGCAACAUUGGUCCUCCACUGACCGAUCCUGUUCUGACGAGAAGAUUCCCGAAUGAUUUCUUCCCUAUUUCUGAAGACUACUCUGGGUCCGGCUCCGGCUCAGGCUCUGGUUCAGGUUCCGGCUCCGGUUCCGGUUCCGGUUCCGGUUCCGGCUCAGGAAAUGGUUUUCCAACUGACAUGGAAUGGGAAUACCAGCCAAGGGAUGAAAGCGAUAUUGUCUAUUACAACUAUAGGCCUUUAGACAGGAUGCUCCCAGAGGAAAACCAAGAGCAAGUAGAAGAUUUCAUUGUAUGAAAGUGACCGUUUCCGUUCCCAACCCCCCACGGAACAAUGUAUUCAGUAUACUUUGUGUACCACGUUUAAAUGAUCAGUCUCAGGAUAAAGAGUUUUACAGAAAUUUAAAAUGCCUGGAAAAGACUCUUAAAUCCUGUAUCCUUUCCUCAUUAAUUCGUAAGGAAUUAUGCCUUAACCCUUUUAUCUACUUUAUUGUUCUGGAAAAUAUCCACAUUUAUGUGUGUAUUGAAUCAACAUUAUGAAAUUAACGUACACUUUAGUUAUUAUACAAUAACUUAAAAAAGCCAUGCUGUUUCUGAAAAAUUCAAUUUGAAUAGCAAAUUGAUGAAUAACAUUUCAUACCUAAAAUGUUCAGGAACCGGACUUGCAUUGUGAAUUACAGAUAUACUCCUUCAUAUGAUUUAAAAUAAAAUAGAACACAGUGACCUCAUAUGGUGGCUCUGUGACAUGGUUUGCGGUGAAGGCUUCUAUUGUGCUAUGGCCAUUGGAUGUGAUUGAUGGGCAAGUAGUGAAUGUUCUUUAUCUAAAAAUUCUGUGCGUUGUAUAGUUAGAAACUUAGCACUCAAGUAACAUACCGUUUUGGUCUCAAUGCCUCAUAAUGCUUUGCAGUUUCCUAGAUGCCUGCUUAUUUUCAAAUGUUACUCCAUUAAAGCAAAGAUAUAAUCAAA